AUGGAGAGGGAUGGCAAGAGGGAAGAAGCGCAGGGUGGAUGCGGGAUGCUUCUCUUGCAUUCAAUAUUCUCAGCUACACUCCAUCGAGUGGUGCGCACCCAUCAUCGAAGAGUGAUGACUCCCCGUUGCCGCCAAAGCUGCGACGUGGUUCGUGGAUGGAAACAAGAUACACACGCGUCCACAUGCGCAUCCUAUUCGGGUAUUCUGCUCCGCGUCCGCUUUCCCAUCUGGCAUGCACCCCCAUCUCCCAUCCGACGCAUUCCAUCUACCGUACCAUACAUGCAUGUAUAUGGUCUCUCUAUCCUUCUGCCGACGUCUAUGAAAGACGGAAACGCUUGCCGCAUCUGCCAUAAGGAAGUGGCCUUCCUCACUCACUCUCUCACCCCCCCCUUCCCCGCCAAGAGAGAAGCCACACUCAUCAAGGCAUCCCUUGGUCCUACCACCCUCCUCCCCCCGACCCGUUACCACUUCAUAGUACACCUCGCUCGCUCAGCGGCAACACAAACCUGGGAACAACAAUGCGGAAAGAUGGAGUCCACGUCGUUUUAUCGCAGUUCAACAGGCACACGCACCAGCGCCGGCCCUGCGCAGGGCACGGACACUAAACCGCAGUCGCCUAAUGCAAAGCUGAAGCCUGGUGUGUCGGCGUCAGCGAGUCGUCACCCGUCCUCGGCGGCGAAAGGGACCAACUCGAAGUCCCAGAUCGGCGGGAGGAGCAGCAGCGGAGCCCGCGCCGCGUCGUCGAUUCGCUCCUCGACGCCGUCUCCCAGGGUGACAACGCCUCUGGUGCGCGUCAAAAGCAAAAGGGGAAUUGGCCGCACUAAGAGGGAGAUGUCCAAAAUUACUGCGGACGCCCUCGCCUCCAUCAACCACAGUCUAUUCACGAAGGCUAACUUGUCAGCAAAACAGAUAGGCGGCCGCGUCAUGAAGGAGUACCUGCAAGCGCACCGCGCCGGCAUGCACAAGAUUGAGAGCCAGUCUUCGGAAGACCGCCAAAUCAUCUGGCAGAGCUUUGUGGACGCGUCAUACCUUCCACACAGUCACGAACUCCAGCGUCUAGUGGACUACAUCCAGCUGAUGGAGUCGAGAUGCCGACAGAAGCUCCAACACGCCAAGGCAGUGACCUCCUGUGCCCUGAAUGGCAUUCAGCAGCUGCUGCAGCGCGUCAGCGCCGUGGGCACACAGAUCCGCAAGGACACCAACGUGCUGGCGGAGAAACCAGAUAUGCUUCUUAGUUCCGCAGGCGCUAAGGAAUGGAGUUGGUUUGGGGUGAAAGCCGGAAGUGCUGCCUCGGCAGCCAUGCACGUGCUCGGCAGCCCGGUGCGUGAUGUGUGUGGGCUUGAUGCAAUGCUUUCUGAUCCCCAUCCACCGGCGUUUCACAUCUCGAAGGCGGACCACGAUGAGCGAGAGCGACUGAAACGCAUCUUCACCGUCCUCGAGAGCAUUUGUGCCGACGAGGACGAGAGAAGAGUCAGUGGUUCGUCGUCUAGCACAUCGCACACAACCCUGGCGGCGAAUGGGUCGCCGACACAGUCCACUACAGAGCACCCACCACUGAUGAUGGGCAGCGGAGAUGAUGAGGGCUCGGCGCCAUCCACCCAGUCCUCCUCACCGAUCUCGCACUCGACGCGUCGGCAGUCCCGCCAAGACGAUCUGGAGUGCGUGGGUGAGAAACGCAACGACACCGCUGUGAGCGAUCCGCAAGCGGAGCGCACGCAGUAUGUUCUCGAGCUGCAGCAGAAGCUCGACGCGGUGGGUGCGGCCUUUGUGCAGCUCAUGAAUCGCGUUCAGGUGCAACACCAGCAGUACCAGCGCACGAUCUCCGCUCAGAAGUCUGUGCUCGACGCACAAGCCACGCGGAUGAAGCUUGCCGACGACGUGCUUCGCGACACUGUGGCACAGGGGACAAUUGAAGCGCUGAGCGCUGUGGCUGUCGCCCAGCAGCUCUCGUUGGAGCUGCGUGAGCGGAUGGAGGUAAGCGAGAGGAACAUGAAGGCAGCUCUCGAGGCGCUCACCGGGCAGAGCGCGGAGGUGUGCUUCGACAAGGGAAUCCUGCAAGAGUACGGCUCACUCGCCACCAAGAAAGAGAACUGUCUCAGCGCGUUCAUGUCGCAGAUGGAGCGGCAGGUAGUGGAGCAAGCUGAUGUGCUGUGGAAAGCGCAACAAGGAGUCGCGAAAAUCUGGCAGCUGCGACUGCAAUGGCAACUCCCGCACUCACCCGUGGAGGCAAGCGAGGUUGGUGCGAGUGUGGGGGAACCUGAGGAAGCUGCUGGCAAUCCCGCACCCCUUCCACCCCCGUACAAGGCCCGAUUGAAAGAGUGUGAUCGAGCGACCCUUCUAACGUUCCUCGAGCGUCUCACUAUGCAUUGCCCUGACGCUACCACGCAUGUGAUUGCAGCCCUUGAUGACCACGAUGCCUUCUGCGCCACGCACCCGCGAGAGACGGCCGCCUCGCGAGAGGAGCUGGCACGCACGACUGCCGUGCUGCAGCUCCUUCAAAAACUAGACGAGGAAGGGCGGCUGCACUGCAGUGCGCAGCACACGGGCGAACCGCUUUCUGUGCGUCUUCGUCGACUUGUCGAGCAGCAUGAUGCCUACAUCGACUUUAACGAGACCUAUGCGCGGGCGCUGGUGCGGCAAGCGGAUGCGGAGCGGCGGCAGUACGCACCGGACGCUCUCGCCUUCUUCGACCCCCGUACGCCUGUGCCGGGGCAAGAAAGCAGCGCCACUAGUAGACGAGUCGCACCUGUGAAGGCGCGAGCAGUGUGUGAAGGUCACAGCAUUACCGCCGCCUCAUGUUCGGAAGCACCGCCGACCUCUGCUGCGGAAUCCACAAAGAGUUCGCCGUCUCAGCCAGUAAUGCCGUAUCUGAGCCUGUGGGCACGCAAGCAGCGGGAGCUACGAACGCGGCAGUGCGAGACGGGACCCAUGAAUACUGGCUUGGGCAGCAACACCGUCGGCGCCGUCGUGGGCUACCUUGAACGUCGCACGCCACAUCUAGCCGCUCCUGCCGCGGCGCCCCCGGCUGCCUUCUUCGAAUCCGCACCGUCGUCGACGCGGUCGCAGCUACACACGGCGAUGAGCGCGUCAGCCCCCACGUGUGUCUCCGCGAGUCUGCCCCUUCCACCGGUUCCGCCGCGCAAAGGGUUGGUAUCGUAUGUGCUAUCCACGUAUGGCUCGACACCGGAAAGCACCGACGGUAAUGCUGACACUACACGGCAGCAACAUGCACAGCAAGCGGAGCUCACAGCCAAGGCAGAGAAGAGCAAAGCCUCCAUGCCCUUCCGCACCGGUGAUCACCAGUUCAUUCAUCGGCAACGCGAGAUCUUCAUGCAGCUGGACUGA